AAUUUGCCAUAGUUGAAUUGGCCGUAUUAUUGAAGAGGUUCUGGAAAGCACCAUAAAAAGUGUAAUGCCUUUGUUUUUGCCGCAGCCUUCUGAAGAGAAGUUUAAGGAAAUAGAAAAGAACUUCUCAAAGAUGUGGAACUUUCCUAAUUGCCGUGGUGCAAUUGAUGGCAAGCACAUUAGGAUUGUUUGUCCGAAAAACAGCGGAAGUGCCUAUUACUGUUAUAAGGACUAUUUUUCAACAGUUUUGUUGGCACUUGUUGAUGCGAAUUACUGUUUUAUCACAGUAGAUGUUGGCUCGUAUGGAAAGGAAGGUGACAGUACAAUUUUUCAAAGAUCUAACCUAAACAAAAAUCUUCAGUCAGACACUAUUACCCUUCCAAAACCUAAGAACCUUCCGGGAACUAAAAUUUUGAGCCCACAUGUUUUUGUCGGGGAUGCUGCAUUUGCAUUAACCUCGGCAAUGCUGAAACCCUUCCCCGAAAGUCAAGCACAAACAGAUGUUGAAAAGGCACGUUAUAAUUACAGAUUAUGCAGAGCUAGACGGACAUCUGAAAAUGCCUUUGGUAUUCUGUGCCAGUAUUUCAGAGUGUUUUUUACCCCAAUUGCGUGUAAAAUUGAAACUGUCAGUAAACUUGUGCUAGCAAGUUGCAUCUUGCACAACAUGCUGCGCCAAAGAAAAAUACCAUGUCCCUUAGAACCAAAAAAAGGAACAAACAUGGUAAUGCCAGACAAAAAUUUGACAAAUCUUGCUGCAACAGGAUCGAAACAUGCAUCUUUCAGAGCCGAGCAUAUCCGGCAAAAUUUUUCCCAGUAUUUCAGCAGCAAAGAGGGUGAUCUGAAAUGGCAAAAUAAUAAAAUAACACGCACUGCUUAAUAUGUUUCAUUUAACUGUAUCAAAUCAUAAUCACUUUAAUUUCAAUUUUAGAUAUUCUCCAUUUUAAAGUCUUUUUUUUUUUCUUUUCAAAUUCUAUUUCCCUAAGUUUGUUCUAAGCUGCAAAAGAAAAAUUUAAGUUAUUAAUUUCACUUUAAUGCUAAUCUUCACCUCUCUUUCCAUACAAAACCGAGAUAAAAACAGUAAUUUGCAUCAUCAACAACUUUAAUUUCUCAAUCUAAUUUCGUGUAUUUUUUAUUCCAAUUAUUUGUUCUUACUUUUUGCUGAAUUUUGUAUCCUGUUGUUAUAUUAUUUUUCAUUAUAUCUUGAAUAUAUAUAUAUUUUUUAAUCAUGAAUCUGUAUACUUUUGCUUGUUUUAUUUUUUUACUGACUUGUAUUCAUCUGAAACUGUGAAAUUCUUAAGAUUUUUUUCUUCUUCUUAUAGUUCAUCUUGUUAUUUAUAGACUUCAAAUUUCAUGAAAGAAACCAAUUGAUUAUUUUUUGUGACAUCGAAAUAUUUAAU